AUGGAGGAUGCUGUGGAAGAAAGAAAACCCUUGGGUUUUCUUCCCGGUGAAUUAGCUGCAGGGAAUAUCUUCCAAUCACCAUCACCCCAUAAGAAUAGUAUCCAUUUUUAUACCUUGAUUUUAUUUAGAAAAGAUAUAAUAUUUUCUAUUAUAUACUAUUUUUUUUUUCUAAUCGCUGGUCAUAUGUAUAGAACCAAUUGGGUUAUUGGUCAUAACCUCAAGGAUAUUUUGGAAGCUCAUAAAGGUCCAUUUACAGGGGAAGGACAUAAAGGUCUUUACGAGAUCUUAACUACUUCAUGGUAUGCUCAAUUAGCUCUUAACCUAGCUAUGUUAGGGUCUUUAACUAUUGUCGUAGCUCACCAUAUGUAUUCUAUGCCUCCCUAUCCAUAUCUAGCUACUGACUAUGGUACCCAACUGUCUCUGUUCACGCACCAUAUGUGGAUUGGUGGAUUUCUCAUAGUUGGCGCUGCUGCACAUGCAGCUAUUUUUAUGGUAAGAGACUAUGAUCCGACUACUCAAUACAACAAUCUUUUAGACCGUGUUCUAAGACAUCGUGAUGCAAUCGUAUCACACCUCAACUGGGCAUGUAUUUUCUUAGGUUUCCAUAGUUUUGGUCUAUAUAUUCAUAAUGAUACUAUGAGUGCUUUAGGACGUCCUAAAGAUAUGUUUUCAGAUACUGCUAUACAAUUACAACCUAUCUUUGCUCAAUGGGUACAAAACACUCAUGCUUUAGCACCCAGUUUGACAGCUCCUGAUGCAACAGCAAGCACCAGCUUAACCUGGGGAGGUGGCGAUUUGGUAGCAGUAGGUGCCAAAGUGGCUUUGUUACCUAUUCCAUUAGGAACUGCGGAUUUUUUAGUACACCAUAUUCAUGCAUUUACUAUCCAUGUGACUGUAUUAAUAUUACUGAAAGGUGUUUUAUUUGCUCGCAGUUCUCGUUUAAUACCCGAUAAAGCGAAUCUUGGUUUUCGUUUUCCUUGCGAUGGGCCUGGUAGAGGAGGAACAUGUCAAGUAUCUGCCUGGGAUCAUGUCUUCGUAGGAUUAUUCUGGAUGUACAAUGCAAUUUCGGUAGUAAUAUUUCAUUUUAGUUGGAAAAUGCAGUCUGACGUUUGGGGUAGUAUAAGUGAUCAGGGAGUGGUAACUCAUAUUACAGGAGGAAACUUUGCACAGAGUUCCAUUACAAUUAACGGGUGGCUUCGUGACUUUCUAUGGGCACAAGCUUCUCAAGUAAUCCAAUCUUACGGUUCUUCAUUAUCUGCCUAUGGCCUUUUAUUCUUCGGUGCUCAUUUCGUUUGGGCCUUUAGUUUAAUGUUCCUAUUUAGUGGCCGUGGAUAUUGGCAAGAACUUAUUGAAUCUAUUGUUUGGGCUCAUAAUAAAUUAAAAGUUGCUCCUGCUAUCCAGCCAAGAGCCUUGAGUAUUGUCCAAGGACGUGCUGUAGGAGUAGCUCAUUACCUUCUGGGUGGAAUCGUCACAACAUGGGCGUUCUUCCUAGCAAGAAUUAUUGCAGUAGGAUAA